AUGAAUACAAAUAUGAAAACUUGGUUCCACAUUCACCGCAUCCGGAAGUCAAAAUCUCAUGCAGCACUGCCAAUUCAGAGGCAUGAUUCUGCAGAGGUGGAUGAGAUAUGGCGCGCAACCCCGCCAAUGACUACCAGAAUGGAAAGCGCUGCGAGAAUAGCGGCCUCUAAAACGUCAAGUAGGAUGUCGAUUGAGCGCUAUCUAAGCGCACCAUUGGAGGACGAGCCGGCCUCUGUUCCUGCCAUCGACGCUGCACUGAAAAAUCAGACAUCACGGAAUCGGGGAACUCAGUUACCUACCAUUCUACGCAGAACUCACUCAAGAGAGAGCUCCCUCGAUGCAAACUCAGAUGGUCGGCGAACAUUCUACACAAGUGGAAGCGCUGCUGAGUCGACUGCUACUUCCCACAGCGCUGCUUCACGCAAAGUCAAUCGGUCUAACCACCACCAUCGAAGCAAAACACAUCCUCGAGUUCCUGAACUCCCGAAGCUCAUCACUUCAGGGCUCGAAGAUGCAACAGAUAAAUCUCCAGAAAGACCUACCACGAGCGGCACUGUGGACGUGGAGAAGACAUGGGCAGAACAGAUGGACAACUUCUUGCCUGGGUAUGAAGAAGCCCGAAGAUCCGAGUACAGGACCAAGGCAGAGCAAGAAAUCGCCCAGAUCCAGGAAAAAGCGAAGCAGCUAGAAGAAAAGAUGAGAAGGUACAGGGCAGAGAGAGAAAGCCCAGCAUCUCCUCCGAGUCGGGUCACUGAUGAGAUGGCCUACGCGCAGAUGGCUGCACGACCCAAAUUAGCGUGGAUCUUAGGAGGCGACAUAUCUGACGCUAAGAGCAUCGAGAGACCUAAAUCAAGUGGAAGCGUUCUAGUAAGCUCCCCCGAGGAUGCACGAUCUCCUGAGGACAUACCCGAGCGGCCGAGUACUAGCGGCACAAUGGUCGAGACAGCCCCUGGAAAGAUUCCGCGAAGAACAAGGUCGCAUGGUGCGUUGGAUGAACGACCUCGCAAAGCUCACGCGGACAAAAGAAAUGCAAUGUUGUAUGAGCGGAAACCAACGCGACGGCCAAAGUUCUACUGCACUUUCUGUCAGAAACGAUUCCACAGUCGUCUUGAAUGGGUGAGGCAUGAGCAGACCCUCCACAUGCCUGAAGAAUUAUGGGUGUGCUGUCCUCGAAUUGGAGAGUUUCCCGAAAGAUGCCCGUUCUGUGCGAAGAGCCAUCCAAGCCCAUCACAUCUCGCUGAUCACAACUACCUUUCUUGUCAAGAAAAACCGCUUUCGGAGCGAACCUUCAGCAGAAAAGACCACUUCUUACAGCAUAUCUCCCAAGUCCAUAAAGUCAACACCUGGCAGAAGCCCCUCCGGUUGACCGAGCUCUUGGAAGCGUGGAGGCAUCCUUUGCCAUUGAAGGAUGGCCACCAAGCACUCCAUUGUGGCUUCUGCGGUCAGACCUUCACGACAUAUGCGGAGCGGACCGAGCAUGUUAGUGGGCAUUUUCUCGAGGGUCUGGACAUGAUGUCUUGGUGGAAUGGAAGGGUCAAUCAUGACAUUGACCAGCUGAAUUCGUCUAGGGUGACUUAUCGGAAUCCUGAUCCGCCUCAUCGCUGCUGCUACUGCGAACGCACAUACGCGAACCUUGCAGCAGCACAAAACCUUCAUCCAGUCUGCACCAUGUGGUCUUGUUCCUUCUUGCCCGGAAUGCAGUAUACGAUUUACCCAGCUGGUUCGAGAGAAAAUAUCGAGGCAGUCUGUUGCUACUGCAACGAGACGCUCGUCAAGGGUGCCGGGAGGGUAAAAGGAUCUGUGUUGAAGGAGCACAUAUCCCAGCACAACUUCAGGAAUUGUAACCAACGGCUGUACUUCUCCGGUCAAAGAUUCCGACAACAUCUUCAGGACAGCCACAAGACUAAUUACGAUGGAAGCCUCUUUGCUGGUUGGACACUUCUUCUUAAAUCAAGCAAGACGCAAAAGCCUUCUGUUUUCGAGCAAAUAGACCCCUCCACCGCCAUACGCCGUGCGUACACCGACCCUGGAGCCGCGAAAAAGGAAGAAGCGACACCGCAGAUACCGCGGGCAAACUUUAUGGAUCUCUCAGAAACACCACAGAAGCCAAGUGGGAGGAGGCUCCGGCGUAAGGCCUCCACACUCUCCGUACCAGAGAAACCCUCUCGCGAGGUUCGCAGCUCCACGCAAUUCUUUUCACGGGCCGCUACUAUAGAUCUAGUGUAUGGGUCCAACGCUUCUCCCUCUCCACGAUUCCCUCAAAAUGGACCUCGUUCACCCAAGGGUAAACCCCGUCAGCACAAGCCAGGUUUCCCGGUCUCCUCACUGCCUGUAGAUGCUGUUAAUACUUGUCCGCGCUUCUACCGACGUAGACUCGACGCUUCGACCCGGAAUAGGCUGUAUGUUCGAGACCAGGACGAUGGCCCGCUUUCGAAGAAUUCACAAAGACUGUUCAGGAAGGUCCCGGGGAGUCUGUUGGGAGGUCUUGUCUUGCACAGUUCGUUGGUUGGCACUACACCAGCGCGGAUGACGAACUCAGUCGAUAUUUACUCUUUGCAUUAGGCGAGCUAUAUGAAAAC